AUGAGCACCAAGCAGGUCACUUGCAGGUAUUUUAUGCACGGUGUGUGUCGGGAAGGAAGCCAGUGCCUGUUCUCACAUGACUUGGCGAACAGCAAGCCAUCCACCAUCUGCAAAUACUACCAGAAGGGCUGCUGCGCCUACGGGACGCGUUGCAGGUACGAUCACACGAGGCCCUCUGCUGCGGCUGGUGGGGCCGUGGGCAGCGUGCCCCACGGGGUGCCCUCCCCGGGUUUCCACAGCCCUCGCCCUCCUUCUGAGCUCGCCGCAUCAGUCGUGAAAGCUAACUUACAUGAGCCCGGGAAACGUGAAAAGAGGACAUUGGUGCUAAGAGACCGAAAUCUCUCCGGCACGGCUGAAGACACGACCUGCCCGGGCGUGGGGAGUGGUCCCAGGGGCUGCAGCGACGCGCAGAGCGGCCCCGAGCUGAAGCCACACUCCUACCUGGACGCCAUCAGGAGCGGCCUGGACAACCUGGAGGCCAGCAGCUCCUACAACGGCGGGCAGCAGCUGUGCCCCUAUGCGGCCGCCGGGGAGUGCCGCUUUGGGGACGCGUGUGUCUACCUGCAUGGGGACGCGUGCGAGAUCUGUAGAUUACGCGUCCUGCACCCCUUCGACCCAGAGCAGAGGAAAGCUCACGAGAAGGCCUGCAUGGCAACAUUCGAACAUGAGAUGGAGAAGGCCUUCGCCUUCCAGGCAAGCCAGGACAAAGUCUGCAGCAUCUGCAUGGAGGUGAUCCUGGAGAAGGCGUCGGCCUCGGAGCGGAGGUUCGGAAUCCUCUCCAGCUGCAACCACACGUACUGCUUGUCCUGCAUCCGGCAGUGGCGGUGCGCCAAGCAGUUUGAGAACCCCAUCAUCAAGUCUUGUCCAGAGUGCCGCGUGAUAUCAGAGUUUGUAAUUCCAAGUGUGUACUGGGUAGAAGAUCAGAACAAAAAGAACGAGCUGAUUGAAGCUUUCAAACAGGGGAUGGGGAAAAAAGCUUGUAAAUACUUUGAGCAAGGCAAAGGGACCUGUCCAUUUGGAAGCAAAUGCCUUUACCGUCACGCUUACCCUGACGGGCGGCUGGCAGAGCCUGAGAAACCACGGAAACAGCUCAGCUCCGAAGGCACCGUGCGGUUCUUUAACUCUGUGCGGCUCUGGGAUUUCAUCGAGAGCCGAGAGAGCCGGCACGCCCCCAGCACUGACGACGUGGACAUGACGGAGCUCGGGGACCUCUUCAUGCACCUGUCCGGGGUGGAGCCGUCCGAGACCUGA